AAUGAAAAAAAAACAAGGUAUACCUCAGAAACCUAGUGGGAGAGAGUAUGGACAGGGCAAGUCGGUCCUACAGGAGCGAGCUAAACUAGAUCCUUUAAUGGACAAGGAGGUUUAAUGAAGGUUUGAACCGGGGUGAUAUAAUCUUUUCAUGGCGGCAGUUUUUUAUAACUGUAAACAAGCUAAAGAAUGCCAUAAUAUUUAUUCACAAGGCAAUCUAAAGAAGAUUAGAUAAAUCUUUUCCCAAAUCCUGAAAGGAAAAAAAUGAUGUCACUACCCAAAAAACACUCAGCGGUGUGCUGUUAUCAGAAAAUAAUCAACAACAGAGUGGUGUCAAACAGGCUGACGCAACAUCCCAAAUUAAUUUGCUGAUGAUUACACAAGAAGCAUAUUUUUAACGCAUAAUAGCCUGAGAAUUUCCAAACUUCUCCAUCACCAGCCACAGAUUCCAGCUUAUCUUGGGGGAUCCCAGACAUUUUCAGGCCAUCUGUGAGAUAUAAUCUCUCCAAUGAGUUGGGUAUUCCCCGCAUUUGUCCUAUUGUUGGGAUAUUGCCAGUAUGAAUCCCAGCAAUGCCACAGCCAUGAAAAUGACAAACUGGGACAAAAUGGAGUAGAAAUUUUAAAAAAAGAAAGAAGAAAGAAAACAUUGUAAUGAUAUAUGAUGAGAAGAUACACGUAGAUAAUAAUAGAGAUCUAGACUCAGUGACUCUGUGGAUAAAAAAGGAAAAGAAAUUGACCAAUAUCAGGAGGUCCUUUACCAGAGACAAGUCAUUAAUCAGUUCAGUACUGCCCCCUGCAGGCCAACCACAUGCCUAACAUGUUUAAUGAUCAACAGUGUCAAAAAUGGCACUGAAGUCUAGCAGAAAUAGGGGGAAACAAUUAGCAAGUAAAAAAGAAAGUCAUUUGUCACAUUUGACAGAGCAGACUCAGGGUCUGAAUGGGUCAGAAAUUACUGACAGUCUCUGCACUACUGAAUUUUUGAAUCAUCUGAGGACAGUUCCAGAGGUGAAGCAGGUCUUUAUACCUGACAGAACACAUCACACGAAGAGGUAAUGGACUCCUUAUGGAAAACAAAAUCACUUAAAUAAGCACUCAAGGUCAUAGGCAGUGGGUAUUAAAUGGUAUUCUCAAUCUCACCUCUAAAUUCAACAGGGGGAUCGUAUAGCUGGUAAAAGAAAGGUGACUGCUUAGAAGGGCUUGGAGGAAGGCAAAGUACCGUGAGAAGGAAAGGCUGAAGGCUCUCUGGAACCAAAUCAAGAGAAGGCUUGCUGUCUUGAUGUGGGCAGAGAGAAUACGACAGCACAGGAUUAGGAAAGAGAAGGAAAAAAAUCAAAACCAAUUCGAUUAUGCUAAGGGCCUGCUGGUGGAGAAGGAAAGUAGCAAGUGACUGUGACUUUUCAGGUGAAGGCCACUUCAAGGCAGUCGGAUGAUGAGUUGCAUCGGGUUUACUACCUACGCUCUGUCAACCUGUGACGUACACAGGCACGCAACCACGAUGUAAAAAAAAACGGUUAAUUUAAAGAACAAACAAAGCUCUGAGCUCAGAGGACUGGGAGAGAGUACAGAGAGAAGAGCUUAAGGGAAACAAAGGACAGAAAUCAAGAUCAGAGCUGCUGGCUGUCUUUCAGACAUCCUUUAGAAGAACCUGUCAAGACAAGAACACAAACACAGAGACAAACAAGGAUCGAUAUGGAGAAAGGAGAAAGCCGGGUGCAGCAGCUUCAGGAGGGUGUGGAGGAGGUUCGGGUCAUCAUGGAGGACAACAUCACCCAGGCCAGAGAGCGCGAGGGAAAACUAGAGGAAUUGGAUGAGAGAGCUGGAUUGCUGUCUAAGAGCAGCCAACGGUUUCAAAGGUCAACAGGAAGAGUGAGACAACAGAUGGAAACUGAGAACGCAAGGGUGCCAUUUAAUAAUUGGAAGAGGUUCGCGACCAUCAUUGGAGUAGUUCUGACCGUCAUUGUCAUCGUCGGCGUCAUCAUAUGGUAUAGACUGCGUUAGAACAGCUAGUAUAAAGACUCUGGUUAAAUAGCCAAAAAGCCAGAGAAGAAGAAGAAAAAGAAGAAGAAAAAGAGGAUGUGAUGGGUGGCAGCUAUUUAAGCCACUCAGGAGUGUUUUUUUUUGUUCUGUGUUAAAAUUUGCAUUUAUGUUUCUAUACU